CACUUCUCACACAGUACAGGGCUGACUUCAGCAGGGAGUGCACGGAUCUCUUGGGUUGCACUCAUUCAUCACAGACGGAGUACAGUCGGCCGACAGAGAAGCGUAAAGCCCCACAGACCACGGCAGCAUGGGGAGCAGCAUUUCAUGUGUGCCCCAGCACAACUUCAGAUUCUCAAGCAAGAGUUUCAUUCGCAGAAACAGCAGUCGCCUGCUUCGCAAGAAGAAUCCCCAAGAGGGUCAGGAGAAGUCCAACAGCAUCAUCAACAUCCUGAACAUAGUCACUCCAAGGAAGGAAAUGUCGCACAAGGAUCUGCAGGCUAUAGAGAACAUAAAAUGGGAUCCUCCUUUCCCGUACGACCCGGCCAGUGGUUGGAAGAAGAGCAGCAUCAACGUGAAGAACUACGGACGCAUGGUUCACAGCUCCAAAGUCCGUUUCCGCUUCUCUCACUGCCAGGAAAUACACGACUGCUUCCUGGAUCUCUUUCAAACACAUCUUCAUUUCGUUUCCAACAACACGUCAGGACUCACUUACCAGGGGACUCUUCCACUGAAGGAACUUACCAUCCGCAACCUGCAACAGAACUGCAAUCACAGUCAACCCCAGGAAUUUGCUUUCCAAAUAAACGGUGUCAGUCUUAACCCCAUCAUCGUAUACUGUGCCAACCAAGAAGAAAUGGACCUGUGGUUUGGUCUGCUCAAAGAAAACAUCGAGGCGAAUGGAGGCACGGCAAUCGUCCCUGAAAACUUCACACGACUGAGAAACCAGUACAAAACGUCAGAGGGAAGAGAGGAGCUGAGGAACUCUGUCAACAGGGAGCCGAUCUACGAGUGGGAGGGAUCUCAGCGGGACAGUUUGGGGCCCAUCAACUAUGUCACCAAAGUCCGGCUGCAGCACCUGCCAUGCCAGGAACAGAGUGACAGACUGCUGGUGAUGUAUCCAUCAACCCUGAUCAUCCUGUCAGAGGAGAGUGAUGGGCUCUUUUAUAAGGGAAAACUUCCACUCAACAUGAUCACGGUCACCACGCCCUGUCAGGAUGUAAAGCCCAACACUUUUAUGAUUGAAGGCAAGCUGAUCAACCCCAUAGUGGUGUCCUGUCUGGAUAGGACAGACUUCUGUGACUGGAUCCAGCAUUUUAAAGCUGCUGACGUGCCAGUUCUAAGCCCUCCGCCCCCAGUGUACGACAUCAUCUACACCCCAACAAACAGAGAGGCUCCACGGUUUGAGAAGUGGAGUGGAAACAGCCAAGGAAGAGCGGAGUCACUAAAAUUCAGCCAGUCAUUAGGUGGACAUGGGUCCCAGAACCCUCAGUUACCCAUUCCUGAAGACAACCCUCUGUCCCCGGGAUACUCUGAGCCGCUUUUUUACAGUUCCAGUUCCAGCCGUCCCUCCUCCACCGAGACCGCCAGGCUUGGCAGCAGAACCAACAGCAUGUCCUCCCACACCAGGCCGGAACGCGACCUGCGACCUUUGUCGCUGCGCUACUCGUCCCCCCAGCACAGCUCCUACCUCCAGCCUGCAGACAGAUCAGCGGGGUCUCAGGUCUACAGCACGCCCUACUCUGCCAUGCAUCGUGCCAGUCCACAGCGGCUGGAGAAAGCGCCACUUGUCAAGUCUAACAGCUGGAGCACACCGCAGACGUCCCUGAACUACCCCCUGAACACCCCGCAGCGCCAUUCAGACAUGUGUGCGCCACGGCAGCCUUUAUCGCCUCUGUAUGACGAGCCCUGUAGCCCAGAAAUCUACUCCCUGGAGGAGGCCAGGCCAGUGCAGCAGAGUUGGCACGAACCAAUUCAGCACAGACACCACCACCAGGAGGCGCAGCUCCUCCCCUCCUCCUUCCAGCUCUGCACCCCUCCCCUGGGCAGACGGUGCAGGAGAAGCCUGGUCCAGGCCCACUCUUUUAACCAGGAGUUGGAAACUCCCCAAAGCCAAUCGGAGCAGAGAGCAGAGGCCGUGUCAAGGCUAAAGCUGCUGCCUCUGCCCAGCCAACUGCAAGAGCAGAUACCUCUCCCAUCCAGCUAUGUGAGAAACACAAGUCAGAUGCCUUACGAUUACUCACCAGAUUCGUACCUUAAACCCACGGAACUAGAUGACCAGGAAGUAGACUAUGACAACAUUUGGGAGUACGAUGGUGAGACUGGAAUGAUUCAGCCAGCGUCUGGAAUUUCAACACAGUGGACAGGAUUAAACUUUGGGGCCAGAGGCCCUGGUGCCAUGGUAACUCAGCAGAGAUGGUCAUAAAACAUAACAAAAGCCCAGCACUCGUCUGGACGUGUGCAAACAACAGAUCGCUAUCAGAGGGAUUAUAAAUGCCAACAAGCAGAGUCGGAGUUGCUCCUUGUGUGUACAGUAUGAAGCAACAAACCCCAGGAACUGCUUGGUCAGAUGUUUGCUGGGAGGAAUGAGGAGCACAGGUGUGAGAGGAAAAUGGACAUAAACCGUACUGUAUGACAGUGACAGACAAGUUAGUUGCCUGUUUGGUAUGUAGCAUUCAAAAGAGGAGUCCCUAGACUGUAUUUUACAUUUUUCUAAAGCUUAAAUAUUUUUUACAUGUCUAAUAAAAAUACAACAGGUUCACUUGGUAGUACCCUCAGAACGUUCUAACUACCUGUUCACGUAGCAAUAUUUCACUUCGUGUGAAUAUUACAAAAUACAAAGCAUUCCAUCAGGACUUGUUGAAGUAAAUAAUAAAUGUAUAUGUUCUGUAAAUGUUGUACAUUUGAUAUUUUAUUAUGUUGCACUGUUAAGUCUAAUAGAUGUGCCUUAAUGUUGAAUGCUAAUAUUAGAAUAACCACUGGACAGUGCAGACACUUGUAUGACUGUCUUAUUUUUAUUUGACGUGUUUAUUUAUACUCCGAAAUAAAACCAAAAAUGUACCAACUUUUUUGCAUCUGUUUAUGAUAUUAAAAAACACAACACCUUUUUAAAUGAUGAAUUUCCU